AUGGGAGUGGAUGAAAUUCCUAAAAUACAAAUAGAGUUAGACAGUAAUUCUGUUAAAUCUUCUUCAAGUCUUGACACUCAGGAUAUUGAAAUUUUAAGUUUAUACGUCGAAUCUAUUAUAUCAAAUAAAUCUUAUUCGACCAUAAAUUUAUCAUCCACAUCUUUAGCGAUAGAAACUAAAACGAUAGAUUCUACAUCCGAGACUAAGCCAAAGAAAAAUAAGAAUUUCAUUGAAUCAGUUAGAAAUUUUUCAUUUAAACAAUCAGUCAUUAAAUUAUAUCGAAACAAGGAAAAAGUUCAACCUUUUAUUCCAAAUGAGAAACAAAAAGAAAGAGAAGAUGCAUUUUUAGGUUAUUAUGAAUGUUAUAGCACAGGUAAUUCAAAGUUAUCAAUUCCAAAAUUUUCUUUAUCCACGGCUAGGAUUGAUUUACAUAAUAUGAGAACCUUGGAGGCCAAGCAUUUAGUACUUACGAAAGUUAAACAAUCCCCAUAUAUUGGGAAGGCUUCAAUAUUUAUCAUUACGGGAAAGCACGAUAAAAUUGAUGGUGGUUCAGAAUAUUCCGGUAAAAUGUAUAAUUUAUUUCCUGAGUGGAUGCAAGACGAAUCUAUUAAAUAUUUGAUAGAUGAAGAACCCGUUCGUGGACUUGGAACUUAUGAGGUAUUUAUCAACAAACAUAAGAAUGAAUACGAUGAAAUCACUGAAGAAACCUUAAAAGAUUGGGAAAAAAGGGCAAAACAAAAAAAUGAUGUAACGUACAAAAUGGCCUUGGCGGGGUUUUACCUGAAAGGUAAUAAAGAAGAUCAUAAUAAAGCUAGAAGGUUUUACGUAGAAGCUGCAAAGUUAAAUUCAUGUGAAGCGAAAUUAUGUUUAGGAUAUAUGUAUUCCAUUGGAAAAUCCGAAUACAACCCAAAGAAGGCUGAAAAAUUAUUUAUAGAAAUAAUAAACUCAAAGAAAAGAAGUAAAUUGGUUUAUAGGUUAGCGAUGAGAAAUAUAGCAAUAUUGCAUCACAAUAAUUAUGUAAUAGAAUCCUUUAAGCUGAAAAUUUUAUUAAAAUCAUCAAAAUUAAAAACCGCAAUAAAAUGGUAUAAAAAAUCUUUUAAAGCGGGAGAUGGACAAUCCGCAUAUCAUCUUGGAUUGCUUUAUGAAAGUAAUAAUGGAAUUAAAGAGGAUAAGGAUGAAGCAGAAAAAUGGUUUAGUGAAGGCGCAAAAUUAAAUAAUUUAUAUGCGAAAGCCAAAUAUGGAAGAAUUUUAGCCAAUAAAGAAGGUGUGAACGAGAAUGAAAGAAAGAAAGCGAUUCAAAUGUUAAAAGAUACGGCAAAGAAAGGACUGGUUAUGGGUCAAACUUUUCUUGGCGAAUAUUAUGAGAAGAAGAAAAAUUAUGAAGAAGCCGUUAAAUAUUAUUCAGAAUCUGCUAUGCAAAAUCAUGGAUAUUACAGUCACGUUGCACAAUUUCGUAUUAAAGAAUUAUAUGCCGAAGACUUUAUUUCGAAGGUUGAAAAUCUCAAAUAUAUAUUAAAUUUAUAUGAAAAAGAAUUAAAAUAUUAUUACAACGGUCACGAUGAGAUUCUUAAAAAAAUUCACUAA